CCUCACGUGUUGGUGUGUGUAGAAAUGUCUACCGACGUUGCAGUGAAAAGACCCAAAAUGAUGUCCUCUCAGCCUGAGGAGAAAGUGGACUGGAAGAAAAGGAAAGGAGAAAUAAAGGAGACUCAGAAGAAAAGAAAAGAGGCCAAGCUCAUCAAAGAGUUGGAAAAGCAGAAGCAACAUGAGGCUGCAGAGAGAGCAAAACUUGAACAAAGCCAUGACAAAAAAGGUCGGGCUUACACGGUGAGCGUGGCCCUGCCAGGUUCUGUCCUGGACAACGCUCAGUCCACUGAACUUCGUACAUACCUGGCCGGUCAGAUCGCCCGAGCCUGUGUCGUGUUCUGUGUUGAUGAGAUCGUUGUGUUUGAUGAACAAGGGGAAGAUGUCAAGAGCGUUGAAGGAGAAUUUAAAGGUGUUGGAAAGAAAGGACAUGCUUGUAUUCAGCUUGCCAGAAUACUCCAGUACCUGGAGUGUCCCCAGUACCUGCGCAAGUGGUUUUUCCCAAAGCAUCAAGAUUUACAGUAUGCAGGAUUGCUGAACCCUUUAGACAGCCCUCACCACAUGAGGAUGGAUGAUGAAUCAGACUAUCGGGAAGGAAUAGUCCUCGACAGGCCGACCAAACAAGGACAAGGCUCAUUAGUCAACUGUGGAAUGAGAAAAGAGGUUCGGAUUGAUAAACAGCUGCAGUCUGGACUUCGAGUCACAGUACAGCUCAGGAAGACACAGGCUCAAGAGAACAAACUACAUAAAGGUGUGGUGGUGGCUCCUCACGUUCCCCGGACUGAAGGAGGUCUCUACUGGGGUUACAGUGUCCGCCUGGCAUCUUGCCUCAGUGCAGUUUUCACAGAAAGUCCAUAUGAAGAAGGAUACGAUGUGACCAUUGGCACAUCAGAAAGAGGCUGCAACAUCGACCAAACCACGCUGUCACCAUUCAAGCAUCUUUUGGUAGUUUUUGGAGGCCUUCAGGGAUUGGAGGCCAGUGUAGAUGCUGACCAAAACCUGGAUGUGAAUGACCCCGGUGCUUUAUUUGACCUUUACCUCAACACAUGCCCCGGCCAGGGCAGCAGGACAAUUCGCACAGAGGAGGCCAUCUUAGUCUCCAUGGCAGGGCUGAGACAGAAGAUCACAGCUGCCUUUUCAGACGUGUCCAGUGAUUUAUUAAAGAGUUAGCAAUGGAGCAAGGUGUAAACAAAGUCAUGCUGGCAGACGUUUUAUCAUCUUACUGGCGUUCACUAUGAAGUUUAGCAUUUCUUACUGUUAAAACAGCUUGUACCUCAAACAUCACAUCACAUCAGUGCAUUGUAUGCACCUGUUGUUGUUAUUUAGUCUUCAUUCUGUGUGUCUUUGUUUCUAAACGGCUCAACAAAUUGUACAUAUUUAAAUACAAAUACUAUCCACAGACUGAAA